GUGCGCGAGAAUAAAAAGGCGUGACGUGCGAGAGUGGUUUUAAACCGAAUUGUGAUAGUCGAGUCUUAGUUCAACGUUGACUUUACCUCGUAUACAACUGGGGGGGUCAGUGCGGCUCGUGCUUUCGAGUCGCGAAGCAGUUGCUGGCCAACGGGGGAACGAUUAUAAUUUCAGUUUUUUUUUUUCGCGUAACUGAGACCAACUGUAUUCUACUCUCAGAAGUGUUGUAAAUCCAUCGGUGCACCUGAUAAGAAGAUUGAUAUUGCCCUGGAGAAUUGCAUUAACUUGUGAAUCGAAAGAAUGAGAAACAGUGAAUUCACAAUGUCACGAGACACUGGUUUAACGAUAAAAGCAAUUCUCCUUGUCCUCGGAUCGUUAUCAAUUGCACAUGCAAUACCAGAUUAUUCGGGCUUGCCCCCUGGGCCCUAUUGCGCUGGCCGAUACAACAACGGAAGAUGCUGCGCAGGGAGACAGGAUGAUUGUAGUGCUCCUAUUUUGAGUACAACCUGCUACUGCGACGAUUUCUGCAAUCGAACGAGGGAAGAAGACUGCUGUCCAGAUUACUGGUCGCACUGUAAACUAAUUACACUGCCCACUCAAGAUUCAUCGGUCAUUGCCGAAAUAAGACAGUGUUUUCACGAGGGGAAAUACUACCACCAUGGUCAGACGUUCCAAUUCAACUGUAAUACUUGCAAGUGUUCAUCAUUAGGAGUUACCGCCAAAGUUCUUUGUGAAGAGAAUAGAUGUCUGAUGGACGUGAAUUUACUGCAAGAGUUGGAGCGUCAGAGGGACCUGGGCUGGACACCAGGGAAUUAUUCAAAAUUCUGGGGCCGAACCCUCACCGACGGAAUCGAAUUGCGAUUGGGAACGUUGAAUCCUUCCAGAUCCGUCUCUAAGAUGCACCCAGUGAAGAGACAUUACAAUCCCGACGCACUGCCACGAGAGUUCGACGCGAGGUUGACAUGGCCGAGAGAUAUAUCCAAUGUCAAGGACCAAGGAUGGUGCGGAGCAUCGUGGGCCGUUUCUACUGCCCAGGUUGCGUCAGACAGAUUCGCUUUGAUGAGCAAAGGCGCCGAGGCGGUUUAUCUCAGUGCACAGAAUUUAAUUUCAUGCAAUAAUAGGGGUCAGCAGGGGUGCAGAGGGGGAUAUCUAGAUCGUGCGUGGCUGUACAUGAGGAAAUUCGGUGUAGUUGAUGAGGACUGCUACCCCUGGUCUGGCAUGAACGACAAAUGCAAAAUCCGCAAACGAACGAAUCUGAAGGCAGCGGGCUGCAGAAGUCCGCCAAAUCCCUUCAGAACGGAAUUAUACAAAGUGGGUCCUGCAUAUCGUCUUGGAAACGAGACGGACAUAAUGCAAGAAAUUCUCAUAUCGGGACCGGUCCAAGCCACUAUGAGGGUCCACCAGGAUUUCUUCACCUAUCAGAGGGGAAUAUACAAACACUCGAGAGCCGCCGAGGUUUACCCCUCUGGCUACCACUCUGUGCGGAUAGUUGGAUGGGGAGAGGAGAUGUAUGGAAAUUAUCCACCGACGAAGUAUUGGAUCGUCGCGAACUCCUGGGGCUCGGACUGGGGUGAAAACGGUUUCUUCAAAAUCCAAAAAGGAAUAGACGAGUGUGAAAUCGAGUCUUACGUAUUAGGCAUCUGGCCAAAAACUGUUCCAGCUAAUUAACUAGCUUUUAACAAACAAAAAAAAAAUGCAUUUAUUGAAUCUCGCUAGCUUCACUCGAAUCUUAUUUAAUCAAUCGUCAUUGGAAUCAAAUCACAUUUUUAGUUCGAAAAAUUACCGCUUUGUGUGAUGUCACGUGUAUGUAUACUCCAUGUGUGUAAAUGUAUAAAAUAAUUGUAGCUUAGGCCAUAAAAUAUAUUUUGUAUAUCAAUAAAAGAAUCAUCGGUAGCUAUUAA